AUGGAACGCAUCCGUACGGAACGCGUCCGUGUGCCAUCGCCGCCAUCGCCACCAUCGCCAGGAGCGCAGAAACUGCUAAGACGUGCACUCAUGGUGGAAGAGCUAGAGAUAGAGCGUUCACGGAAAGAGCAAAUGGAAGAAGGGUGGGAUGCGGAUGCUGUUGACGCUCUGAGAGGCUACGCUCCUCUUUCACACGAUGCGACGACCGCGGAAAAGUUAGAGUGGAAACAUCUGAAGCACGAAAGCAAUCAGGAACUUCUGGAGCGUUUCAACGGCGAUGAAGAAGAAGAACAACAAGAACAAGGUCUAUUCGGGGAUCUCGAUCCCCAGGAUAAUGAGUUGUCUGCUCGUGGGGCAGAAGGCAGCGACUCAGGGUUUAUGGGUGAGAAAACCCCAUUUACUCCGCGAUUCAUGAGUCGCGACUCAGAUGCUUCCAAGCCAGGAGUCAUAGUUCAACAGGGUCGUAAGCGACGAGCAAAUGGAACAUACUUCCCUAUCUAUGACCCUAUUCCGCUACCAGAAGACUCCUUGAGGUAUCGUCAGCGAAACAAGCGUCCUGCAUAUGUGAAUCCUGGCUACGCGGAAGAGGAGAUCCUGCCGAGUGCCUUGGAGUCGCGACUAAAGAAACGGCUAGCAAAGCAGCAACAUCGGAGCUCACCGCAUGCUACACCAUCAGGCAGGGACCUGAUGCAUGUUAAGAAGGAUCAAGAUAUAUUGGAAGACGCACAGAGCGAGAUAAAGGCUCUCAAAAUGGAGAUUGAACGCUUACGACAGGACGUCACCAAAGCACCUGUUUCCAGUCGGCCAGCGUACAGCUAUAAAGUCUUCCACAAAAUACGGGAGGUCUUGUACCUGGACGAGCCAAGCUGGGAACCUGCUGAAGGAUCCAAUGCCAGAUUGAUGGCCAACAACCCGAUCCGGAGGCUAGAUUAUUAUCUAGAACAACAUCCCGAGAUAGCCUUCGCUAUAUACAAGGACUACACGCAAGACCUCCAUCUGAAUCUCAGCGAGAUCGAAAAUCUAGACGGUACUUACCGGUCUCCAGUUCCUAGACAUGAGAUCCUCAAGUUUGUGUCCCCUGAUAUGCAAAGCGCGAUUGAGGAGCUUGUCCAGCAGAUACCCAGAUUCGACUAUUACUUCCCCCACUUUCACCCUGAUCAGAAGAUCCCUGCACCGUACCUUUUCAUGUAUUACAGCAUCCCAUUCAUGACUGAAGUCCUACCAAGAUUCAGUACGCGCAGUCGAAACCUCAUCAAGCAAUUGCAAGCAGUCGUUGCAAAAAGCUACGGCCACGAGUACACGUCAGUACAGCUUCAAGUGGAGAAAGGAAUAAUAGCACGUGGAUAUCUCAAGUAUAUCGUUCGUCCUGGAGAUGUUCUUGUGAGCAGUGCGACGCAAGGAAACAUUCCCCAGGCAUACAUUGCUAGGGGUUGGAUUGAAGCCCCAGAGACCGAACUUAAGGCUCCUGAGUUGGACGAAUGGGAGCACGUUCAAAAGAGGCUUAUCGGAGGAAACGGUUUUCUUGUCAACCCUACAUCUAGUCGCAAAACGUCUACAUAUGUUUGGAAAGUUCCAGUGUGGUAUUGGGAAUUCGACGGCAACUUUGGAAGACGUGAAACUAGUUUAGACAUCACGAUGUCCCUUGCCAACGAAGGAGAUUCAGUCGAAAUCAGAAGUCUCAAAUAUUACCCUCUACAGUAUGCGGCAGCGGAUAUGAGGGCGCUGCUUGAGAAGAGAGGUAGAACAUUUUGGUCUCUUCGAAACAGACGAUUUGUUUCGUACAUGCGUUCUGAGGAGGACGAGCUCCAUAACAUCGAGGAUAGAUACAUAGUCGACACAAAGUCCUUCAAGAUGCUAGUUCCAGACUCGAGUGUUGCGCAGAUGCGCCUCAAGCAUGCGUUCAGCGCCGCAGUCAUGGCAAAUGAUCAACCACCUGAAGAGGGCGACGCACUUCUAGCGGUUCCAUCGACUAUCAUGGCCCACAAUCUACAAGAAAAGGUAUGGAAAGAACUACUUGUCGACCAGAUUACGGAUAUAAACUGGAACAAGCAAGCCUUCAAGGACCUCGUUACUGAGCCAGAGACCAAGGAGCUAGUACAAGCACUCGUCAUGAAGCAAAUCAAUGCCAGAAGAUCGACGGAUUUUGUGGCUGGUAAAGGAAAUGGACUAAUCAUGCUUCUACAUGGCGCACCUGGAACCGGCAAGACUUUCACAGCUGAAGGUGUCGCUGAGUUUGCAGAAAAGCCAUUGCUUCGGAUAACUUGUGGGGACAUUGGUACUGAACCGGAACUGGUUGACCAGCGCCUUCGUGCCACCUUGCGGCUUGGAAAACUUUGGGAUUGUGUCGUGCUUCUGGACGAAGCGGAUGUCUUCCUUGAGGAACGCGAUAUGAAAGACCUCAAGAGAAACGCACUGGUGUCUGUGUUUCUACGUGCCCUCGAGUACUACGAUGGCAUCUUGAUUCUGACCUCAAACCGCGUCGGUACCUUCGACGAAGCCUUCAAAUCUCGCAUUCAACUCGCCUUGCACUACGACAAUCUCGGACCCGUCCAACGUAAGAAGAUCUGGCGCAACUUUAUCACACGCAUGAAGAAACUCGAAGAAUCCUCGGCUGCGGACUUAGAAGACAUUCUCGACCACAUCGACGAACUCAGCGAGGAACCUAUGAAUGGACGAGAGAUUCGCAACGCGAUCACUAUCGCAAGACAGUUGGCGGAAUUUAGGGGACAAAGCUUCCAGUAUUCACAUCUUAAGCAUGCUAUGAAGGUGGGUAGCCGAUUCAGCAAGUACCUGAAGGAUCUGAGAAUGAACUAUACGGACGACAUGAUCAAGCAGGAUAGUGGAAUUAGAUAUUCCUACACGGCAACGCCUGCUGGGCUUGAAUGA